AUUGUAAUGACUACUAUUUCUAUUUUUCUAUUGCGUAGUAUUUACAUCCUCUUUGAUUGCCAUGCUUAUUUUUGGGGUUAGAAAUUAGAAGUUGUAAAACUGUAAAAUAAAACCUUAUACUCAUUUAAAUUUCUUAAAACAUAAAAGGCAGCGAUGAGCGAACUAUAAAGCCAGCACCUCGCACAGUCCACUCCAAAAAAAUAUCAUUAACCAAUAUAAAAUGGAGUUUUGUUUAGAAAAGUUUCAAGAUUUAGAUCCGUCCGAUCCUGUGGCGUUUACUGAGAUUUUAUAUAUAAUAGGUGAAAUGCAAAUAGAGGAUGAUGAUUAUAUGCAGAUGCUUUUAGAACACAAAGAAGAUAUGAUAGUAACAUGGGAGCAGCCAUGGUAUCAAAGAACUGGACAUCUCACAAAAAAAUUACCUCCAUUAGAAAAUAAGGAAAACUUUCGCACUGGAAAAUUUUCCAAAGAAGAAUGUGAUACAGUUGAACAAAAUUGGAAUAAAUUUAUUGAGCUUUUUGAGAUACCAAACACACCAAUUUGCCUUGCAAGAUGGCGAAACAGGAAGAAGCGAUCGAAUGUACCCGAAGAGUAUGUGAGAAGAUAUGUUAUGGAAUUUCUCGCUCAAGGUUUAGAAAGAAAUAUCUACCAAGUAUAUCAUUAUUUUGUUUCAAAUUACGGAAACUUACACAAGAACAGCUAUUAUUCUAAGCUAGAAGAAAAAGUAAUUGAAACAUGCCUAUACCAUGAUCCACCAAAUGCAGUUCUCUAUUCAAGUAUGGUAUUAAGUAGAGAAAAGAGAGGCAUCCAGAAAAAGAUAUCCAAGAAUGGAGCAUAUCAAGAAAAACAGAAAGCAACAAAGUGGACUCUAAGCCUUGCAUCAAAAGUAUUGAGAUCAUUGAUGAAACAUUCCGGAUAUAGCAUAGAACACUUGAAGGACAAAACUUUUCCAAUAGAAGUUUGGAAAAAAGUAAGUGAUGAUACAGACCUUAAAGUACCAUCCUUACAAAGCUUCUGGUAUUACAAACUUCAUGUGCAGUUAUUUCUUAAACAAGAUAUCAAAAUAAAAAAGUUAAGAAGAAAAGUUUUAAAAUUAUUAAACGCAUACCCAUACAAAGUAUGGCCUGAUAUACGCUGGAAGGAGUUACUUCAUCAUUUCCCUGAUGGAAUGACUAGUCAUUUUUUAUACAAGAUUAGUGCGGGUGUUUGUAGUAAAAUUAAAAAUUACCUUAAGAUGCCACUUUGUGAUGUGAUACAGUGUGGAUUAAGGUAUUUAAAACAAAAUAGAAGAUUAAGUGAUAAAAGACUUAAAACACUGAUUAUGAAUGAUGAAGGAAUGUUGGAAGUUAAAAGAUAUAACGAUGAAUACUAGAAAAUGGUUCAUAGUAUUUGUUUAAUGUCAUGUAAAUAAAACUUGUGAUAACAUCUG